AUGAAUCGCUCGAAUUGGUUUGCAUGGAUUGUGGUCACUUUCGUGCUGUUAGAGGGGAAAUUUGCUCGUGGAGAUUGCCCCAACACGUGUAGUGGCCACGGCACGUGCACGACCAAGGGCAACGGCUACUUUUGCUCGUGCUACAAAGGCUUCACGGGCGGCGACUGCUCCCGGCGUACUUGUCCGACUGGACUGGCGUGGAAUGAUGUCGCGGUUGCUACGGAUCGUGCUCACCAACUGGCAGCGUGCUCGAAUCGUGGAACUUGCGACUACGCCACAGGAAUGUGUAUCUGCGACGUUGGUUUCUCCGGCCUUGCGUGCAAUCGAAUGAGCUGUCCAAACGAUUGUGGUAAGCAUGGUGAAUGUCGUUCCAUGAAACUCCACGCGGUGCGCAAGGAUAAAGGACUGCCCCCAGCGGUGGUCUACAACUCCAUCUGGGAUAGCGAGAUGGUACACGGAUGCGUUUGUGAAGAAGGAUACGGAGGCGGUGAUUGCUCUGAUCGCCUGUGCCCCAGCGGCGACGAUCCACUUACGGGUGCUGCCACGGAUUCUCUGUUUGGGUUUCAGAAGAACGAGAAGCAAACUGUUUUGUGCGCUGCAACGAGCGGGACGCUAACGCUUUCUUUCCGGGGCCAAACGACAGUCCGUAUAGACGCUCUAGAUAAUGCCGAUGUCGUGAGCAAGAAACUCAACGCUUUGCACACGCUUCAGAACGUGAACAUCCUUUUUGGUGGAAACAGUACUACAAUGUGCACUGCAGACGGCAACACGGUCACCGUUGAGUUCACUCAAAACUUCGGAUCGUUGCCCCUGCUGGCUGGAGAUUUGUCUCGAUUGCUGCAUGCAGGUAUCGGGAUGACACCAAAGCUGACGAUAUCCAAAGCUGAGGCCGGAUCCAAGGAGAACGAAGCAUGCUCCAACCGCGGUAGAUGCGAUUUGACUUCUGGUGUUUGUACCUGCUACAUGGGCUACACUACCAGCGACGGAAUGGGCGGUCCGGGCGACCGUGGUGACUGCGGCGCCGCUGACUCCACCAUCAUCGCAUGUCCGGGUGAAAUAGCUUGUAGCGGCCAUGGCUAUUGCUCUGGGCCACCUCAAUUUCGCUGUUUGUGCGAAGCUGGAUUUACCUCGGGAGAUUGCUCUGUUCGGACUUGUCCUGAAGGAAUCGCUUGGUUCGAUACUCCCAUAGGAGACAAUCGAGCUCACUCGAUGGCAGUUUGUUCUGGAGUCGGCGUGUGCGAAACUUCGCUUGGCGAGUGCACGUGUCCGGCCCCGUUCGAGGGUGCUGCCUGUGAGCGACUUGUGUGUCCACCAGGUUCAGAGCCUGUAUGCAAUGGGCACGGCCGCUGUCUCACAAUGGCAGAGCUAGCGCUGGAAGCUCGCAACAAUCUUGGCGAUCCACUCAGCAUAACGUACGGCAGUACACCAAACGACCCAAGAACCUGGGAUUUCAACAAGAUGCAAGGCUGCGUUUGCGACGAAGGAUACGAGGGCCACGACUGUGCGCGACGCUCAUGUCCACGCGGUGACGACCCACGAACAGCAGGCCAGACGCGUGAAGUGCAAACUAUUCGCUGCGCUUACACGGCCCUUGCCGCAUUCACUCUUAGUUUCCGAGGAAAAGUAUCACCAGUAUUAUCGUCGAAUAUGCUAGCCGCGGAUAUGAAAGCUGCGCUCGCUACGGUUCCGACUAUCGGUGACGUCCAAGUAUCGUACUCCGCGGGUCCCAGUAGCGGUGCUUGCACACUCAGUGGCCAACCGGCAAACACAAUUUCCAUCACGUUCAUAUCGGCGCUAGGAGAUCUGCCGCCUUUACAAGUGAACGCCGACCGCAACACCGUUUUACUGCCCGUGUUCACGAUAAAUAGCGACGGGAUUAGCGGCUCCCUCCGUGGCACCAACGAGAACGCCGAAUGCUCCAACAAUGGUGUGUGCGACUAUAGCGCAGGUACAUGUCAAUGCUUUGACGGCAUGGCAACUAGCGAUGGUCUCGGUGGACUGGGACUUCGCGCAGACUGUGGCUUCCUGGUUCCCGAUACCAUGAGACUGAUAGACGUAUCAGAGAUCUAG